UCUACUUUACUCUUCUCUAAAACUUAGUCUUAAAAGCUUCCCUUCGGCGGGAGAAAAAGCAGAACAAACAUCAUCCAACACACCAAAAAAAAAAAGGGAAAAGAAAAAAAGUUAAAAGCAAGCUCUUCCCUUCCCCACACUUUACCGCAGACCAACCACCCCAUCUAGCCGUUGUUAUAUAUAUAUAUAUGAUCGUCAACAGACAGGAGGGACAAAAAGAAGUUCCAGAGGAGAAAAUAGUAAGGACAUUGUUUUCAAUCUCUCUAUCAAUAAGUUACUCGAAAGCAAACUACAGAUCGACAGAGAUUGGCUUCUGCAUUCAAAUAAACAUUCAUCUUCAGCAUUAGUACUGCAAGACGUCUUUGGUGCUUAUUUUGGUAUCAGAUUAUAGUUAGUUUCAUCCGCUUAUCUCUUACGGAUUCUUUGCUGUUCAAACAAGCAAUCUCUUAGACAAGCAAACUUGUCACGAGAAUUUCUAUCUUGUUUACCUCUUUUGGAUAGAAUAUAUUCAAGAAUUCAGAAGGAGAGGUGCUGGAGGGAAGAACUCAACUUCCCCUGCUUCAUUGGUACAUUUAUGCCAUGACUACAAAUUCUUUGUCUUGGUCUAAAGGAUAAAUGGAGGGCAGUAAUAGUAGCAUUGCUGAGAGAUAUGGCAAGAUCAAGCUAGGUUACUGGUUAGACCAAUUUCGACAUGGCUCUAAUCCUUGGAUGGCUAGAUACAUUUACGGCUUAUUAUUUCUGGUCGCAAAUUUACUAGCUUGGGCUGUUCGUGAUUAUGGCCAUAGCAUUUUGAAAGAAAUAAAGAGAUUUAAAGAAUGUAAUGGUGGUGAAGACUGUUUGGGUGCAGAAGGAGUGUUGAGAGUAAGCUUGGGGUGCUCUCUUUUCUAUUUAGCCAUGUUCCUCUCUACUGCUGGUACAUCGAAAUUGAAUGACCGUAGAGAAUUAUGGCACUCAGGAUGGUGGUCUGCCAAGCUUUUCAUGAACAUUUCUCUAAUUCUACUUCCCUUUCUUCUUCCUGGAGAGAUUGUUUCAAUUUAUGGCGAGGUUGCGCAUUUUGGUGCGGGGGUCUUUUUACUAAUUCAGCUUAUAAGUAUAAUCAGUUUUAUCACAUGGCUGAAUGAUUGCUGCCACUCUGAGAAAUAUGCUGUCAGAUGCCACAUCCAAAUGAUGUUACUUGCAACCACUGCAUAUAUUAUAUGCAUCCUUGGAAUCAUUCUAAUGUACAUUUGGUAUACUCCUCAACCAUCAUGCCUUCUUAAUAUUUUCUUCAUCUCCUGGACAUUAGUACUCCUCCAACUCAUGACCAGUAUCUCUCUCCACCCCAAGGUGAAUGUCGGUUUCCUCACUCCAGGUUUUAUGGGGCUGUAUGUGGUGUUUCUCUGCUGGUCUGCCAUCAGAAGUGAACCCCCAGAGGAGAAAUGCAUGCGAAAAGCAGAAUUGGCAACUGGAAAAGGAGACUGGUUCACCAUCAUUAGCUUCAUUAUAGCGGUCCUUGCAAUUGUCAUUGCAACAUUUUCAACUGGAAUUGAUUCGAAAUGCUUUCAGUUCAAGAAGGAUGAUGCGCCUGAAGAUGAUGAUGUUCCAUAUGGUUAUGGAUUCUUUCAUCUCGUCUUUGCGACAGGAGCAAUGUACUUUGCAAUGCUAUUAAUUGGAUGGAAUCCUAAUCACACCAUGAAGAGGUUUACAAUAGAUGUUGGUUGGACCAGCACUUGGGUAAGGAUAGUGAAUGAAUGGGUUGCAGUUUGUGUUUACAUAUCGAUGCUCGUGGCUCCCAUCGUUUGGAAGAGCAGGCAAGUAGCAGCAGCAUCACAAGUUUGACAAACUUCACAUUGCCAAAGAUUGUUCCAUUCUUAUGGCUUUUCAAUGGCUGGCCUCGGUGGCUCGGUUCCAUGCCUGUCGGGAAUAGAAGGAAGUCUCUGCAUAUGCAACAUUUUUUGUCGUCCUGAAGACAAAUGUGUAUCAAAAGACUUCCACUAACAUGAUUCAUUUAGUUUCUUGAUAAAACGAAGUGGCUAUAACGUUAUAGAAUCUCGAUUUCUUGAUCCUUCUUACAGGUAAAUGAAAGCAGAAAAAAACCAAAUGCAAAGGGGUAAACAAACGAUCGAGCUGUUAUUUAUCUUUGUUGGCCAAUCUUUUAUUUUCCUUUGUACAGUUUGUACUUCUCUUGAAUAAAGAGAUUGAAUGACAAAUAGAGCAAGAUUCUCCAUUAAUUUGUUUCACUAUUCAUACAAACAUGUUGGGGUUGAAAUGACAAGGUAUUCAUGUUUGAUUGA